GGCUUGGUGGUAAACCAGGCUAAAUGUUUCUAGUGCAAUCGACGAAAUAACUUCCUCUUUUCUUCGGUAGGUGAAGAUGCCAAUUAGUUCAUACUUCACCUUGCUCAAUCGGUCUGCAACCUGCAAGGGGAUGGACGAGCUCCCCAGGACCAUGUCAGAAUGCUGGGACCCAGAACAUGGAGACCUCCCAAUUUUGUGAUCGAAUUGCGACUACGGAAAACCUGCCCCCGAGGCCACGCCUCACUCACUCCUGGAAGAAUAAAUCACCUAGGGCUAUCGACCUAUCUUCCCGGCACAUUGCCGUCUAUGGAGUAUAGAGCACUGUUUUAUUAUAACCAAUUUCUCGACGCAGCAAUAAGAGUGAGACACAUCCAUGACUAUCACCGAGGAAAACGGCCAUGUUUUACCUACCCUACGUACAGCGAUCUGGGAAUCCGGAGCUUUCCAUUGGUCGACUGUCUGCAAGAUGUUAGCCUCGUCCCAGUCGGAGGGAUUCCUCCGAAGUCCGACGUACCUGUAUUGUCACCCGUAUCAUACCCAAUCAUUCAUUCAUCGUCAUCCGGGACGGGCACUGCAUGCUUGGGUCGUUGCCACGGCUGGCAACAGCUUUGGGUAACGCGUCACAUGGCCGAGGUCAGAAGAAGGCAAGAUGUGUGCAAACAGAGAGCGCGUCAUCCAUCGCCAUUAGGUUACGUUUACAGUUUGGUAGUCAAUUUGACAUUCCUUUCUUUAGCUUGGACUUCUUUCAAUCCAGCUACGCCUCGGUUGAAUUCUCUAUGACUCAGUAACGUCUCAUCGUCAACGCUAUUCCCGCCUGGUAGGGCUCCGAGUCUCCGACCCCUGCGUCACAGACUCAGCCACAUAUCCGGGGCCCACUAUCUCCUCCACCAGCACCAACGCUACGUUGUGGCUGAGGAGAAUAACUUCUCGGGGACCAUGGUAAG